AGUUGCCUCAAGUCAUGGCGUCCCUCGCAAUACCGAAAACAAGUAAGAAUAAACAAAAAAGUACGCCUUGUAUAUUUGGUGCGAGAACUAAAGAAAUUCGCCCAGUUGGUGCAUGGGUUGAAUUAGCAAUUGAUGAGACUGAAUUCAUACCUGAUCCGAGGGAACAAGCAAUCAUCGAAGAAGAAAAGAUAAGAACUAUUAUAGCUGAGAAACAUACAAAAUUACGUAACUUUCAAGAGGAGGUCAAACGUAGGGUGCAAAAAUUGAACAAAAUUAAAAGGGAAGAAAGGGACAGACGCUCAGCAAUUGCUCUUCAGUGUGAACAAAAAAUACUCAAAUACUGUUCAUUUCCGCAAACAGCAGGAAUCUUAUCAACUCAAUCAACCACACCAACGGCAUUAUCCGUUGAUAUAUCUGCCCCACGUAUGUUUGAGGAGAGAAAGCAACAUGUUUUUAGCACAACACAGAGCGCUCGGAACGCUCUAGCCCGCCAAAAAGUAGCCGAUAUAGAUGAGCAAGAAACCUUUUUAGGUAAUGAUCAAGAUGACAACGAUGAAAAUUUAAUAAAAACCAACGAUAGAAUGGAAUUAAAAGGAAAUUCAAUAAAGAAAGAUUCACAAACAGUGAGAUUUUGUAUUGACGAAGAUAGACCAAUGAGAAAAUCAAAGAAAAAAAAUCGAAAGAAUAAAGAAAAUCAGAAUAAGCAUAGUUUCGACAUGAGUCAACUAUCUUUGGAUGUGACUGAUCUAGGUGUAGAAGACGAUGAUGUCAUAAUUUGUAGAGUUGAUAAGAAUAAAGUUAGCGAAGUUUGUAAACGUGCCGUAUUGGAUAUGAGGCCUAUCGUUACGACUGAAGAGGAAAAAUCACUUAAAGCUUCCCAGAAAAAUCUAGUUCGUAAGGUUUUCGCCGAAUUGGAAAGACAAAAUGUUCGAGAGACUGAGAAGAGGAGGCAGCAAGCGAAAGAAAUUGAAAUAUUGAAACGACAAAAAGAGAUGGAAAGGAGGCAGAUUGAAAGAGAACACGCUCUAAAGAUUAGACAGGCUGAACGUCCAAAGCCAGAUGUAAUAAAUAAAUAUCACCAAGAGGAAGUAAAAUUACAAACUAGAAAAAAAUGCGAAGAAGAAAGAUAUCUAACUGCUCUAAAAGCUCAAAUUCGGGAAAGUAUGGAACUGAAAAAAAUUAAAUUACCACCUUUAUGCUCAUGCGCAGAAACAUUUUGGGAGGCGGAUCCUGAUACGUGCGCUAAUAAUUGUAUAUUUUAUCAAAACCGUAAAGCAUAUGAACGAGCUUUACAAUCGUUACUAAGUAGUUUUAGAUAA